CGGAGUUCUAGGCGACAUCUCUUAUCAAAUUAUUGAUAUUUUUGUGUACAAAAAUAUCUGAGGUUUGAGAUUAUUAAUAGCGAGUAAUAGAAAGAAAGGUUGAAAUAAAAUCGUAAUGCCAUCAAGAGAUUUUUUUUUCUACCAGUUAGUGAAAUAGUACAUAAGUAACUUCACCAGUCUAAAAGAAUGGAGGACUACUUACAAUAUAUUGGCAGUGUGAUGGGAGCCGCUGCCUUGUCCGGAGCUGCAGCUGUUGCUACUUCAUUCUAUAUGUCUACAUUACCACCCCCACUCACACCAACAGUUGAUUUAACUAAACAGUCUAAAGAAUUACCAGGCCCCGAAAAAGCAAGAACUUCUCGUUAUUACCCCGAUGGAAAACUUCUUGAAUACUGCUUUGAAGAUGCAAGGACACUCUAUCAAAUUAUGCACAGAGGAGCCAAAAUUUCAAAUAAUGGUCCUUGUUUAGGUUGGAGACCAGCAAAAGAUUCCUCAUACGUUUUCAUGACUUACAAUGAGGUAUUGGAGAGAGUGAAGAACUUCUCCUCCGGGCUGAUACACUUCGGAAUGAAACCCGGUCAAGAAACAUUUGUAGGAAUAUAUGCCCGAAAUAGCCCUGAGUGGGUCAUUUCGGAACAUGCCUGUUUUCGACAAUCAGCAGUUUUAGUUCCUUUGUAUGAUACGCUAGGACCAAAUGCAUGCUCCUAUAUCAUUAAUCAAGCUACCAUUAAGCUCGUUAUUUGCGAUGACGAAAGCAAAGUAAAAAGCAUCCUGAAUGAAGCUAAAAACACUCCUCAGCUUAAGCAAAUAAUAGUAGUGAAUAAAGUCUCAGAUGCUAUUAAAGUUCAAGCAAAAACACUAGGUUUACAACUAAUAUCAUUUAAAGAAGUAGAAGAAGCUGGAAAAGUUCAUUCCUGUGAGCCUUUGGUGCCGACUCCUCAGAAUAUAGCCACUAUUUGCUACACUAGCGGCACUACAGGAGAUCCAAAAGGAGUUGUACUUUCACAUGCCAAUAUCAUAGCAUGCAGCAGUGCUGUUAUCCUCGUCAUGGGAGUUCAUGGUCCAAAAGCAUCCGACUGUUUGAUUUCGUAUUUACCUUUGGCUCACAUGUUUGAAAGGGUUUGUCAGGUCCUUGUUUACAUGACUGGAGGUAGCGUUGGAUUCUCGCAAGGGAACAUUAAACUUUUAACAGAUGAUAUUAAAACUUUGAAACCUACAUUCAUUCCAGCCGUCCCUAGGCUAUUAAACAGGAUUUAUGAUCAGAUCCAGAAUGGUGUCCAGGGAAGUAAAUUAAAGAAAUGGAUCAUGGAUAUGGCAUUAUUAAGCAAACAAGCUGAACUUGAAAGACAUAUUGUUACGAAUCGAAGUGUCUGGGAUCGCUUUGUUUUCAAACCAGUCCAAGAGAGCUUAGGCGGAAGAGUUCGACUCAUGGUAACUGGGUCUGCACCAUUGGCUAGUAAUGUUCUAACGUUCCUUCGAUGUGCUCUAGGUUGUACGAUUAUAGAAGGAUAUGGUCAAACAGAAUGUGUUGCUCCAAGCACAAUGACUUUGGUUGGGGACUACAGUGUUGGUCAUGUCGGUCCCCCAUUGCCAUGCUGUCAUAUCAAACUCGUCGAUGUUCCCAAGAUGGAAUAUUACGCAAUUAACGGCCAAGGGGAAAUCUGCAUAAAGGGACUGAAUGUUUUCCAAGGUUACUUAAAAGAUCCUGUUAAAACAGCUGAAACUAUCGAUGAAGAAGGCUGGCUGCAUACCGGAGAUAUAGGAAUGUGGAUGGAGAAUGGAGCUCUUCGAAUAGUCGACAGGAAAAAGCACAUCUUUAAACUUGCCCAAGGUGAAUAUAUUGCCCCCGAAAAAAUCGAAAACAUUUACCUGACAAGUCAAUAUGUCGCACAAAUAUUUGUAUAUGGCGAGAGUCUGAAAGCUUGCUUAGUUGGUAUCAUCGUACCAGAAGAAAGAGCGAUCAGAAAUUGGUGUAAAUUGAAUGAAAUUGAAGGAAGCUGGAAAGAAAUAUGCCAAAAUGAAGCAGUUAAAAAGAUGAUCCUUACAGACAUAACAGAACUAGGUAAAAAGGCUGGAUUAAAGUCUUUCGAACAGAUAAAGGAUCUCUAUCUUCAUCCUGAACUUUUUACCAUAGAAAAUGGUCUUCUCACACCCACGCUGAAGACUAAAAGACCAGACUGUAAAAAAGUUUUCAUGCCACAGAUUGAUGCUAUGUAUAAAAAUUUAGUAUGAACUCUUUCGCACGCUUAAAGAAUAAGUUGUGAAAAAAACGCUAUAUAUUUUUUGAUUUACUUUUUUCAGUACAUUAAAUGAGCGUGGCAUUGUGUGUAUAUACUAGCAGAAUUUGACUUAAUUUAUGGAUAUCUCCACUGACAAUAUGACUAGCGAUAAGCAUUUCUCUAAGACAUAUUAUGCUAAUAAAAUGAUUUGUUUUAUAA